AUGGUGUUGUUGAAGGUGUGGAUGGCGUCGUUGAAGGUGUGGAUUGCGUCGUUGGAGGUCUGUAUGGCGUCGUUGAAGGUGUGUAUGGCGUCGUUGGAGGUUUGGCUGGCGUCGUUGAAGGAGUGGUGUGGAAGAGUCGUUGAAGGUGUGGAUGGCGUUGUUGAAAGUAAGGAUGGUGUCGUUGGAGGUAUGGAUGCUGUCGUUGGAGGUGUGGAUGGUGUCAUUGAAGGUGUGGAUGGCGUCGUUGAAAGUAUGGAUGGUGUCGUUGGAGGUAUGGAUGCUGUCGUUGGAGGUGUGGAUGGUGUCGUUGGAGGUAUGGAUGCUGUCGUUGGAGGUGUGGAUGGUGUCGUUGAAGGUGUGGAUGCUGUCGUUGGAGUUGUGGAAGGCGUCGUUGAAGGUAUGGAUUGUGUCGUUGGAGGUGUGGAUGGCGUCGUUGAAGGUAUGGAUUGUGUCGUUGGAGGUGUGGAGGGCGUCGUUGAAGGUAUGGAUGGUGUCGUUUGA